AAUGAAGCUGCUAUUUAGCGUUAAUUUUUAAGUAGCUCUCCCUUUUCCUUAGAACGUGUAACACUUUUGUAUAUGUAGAUAAUAGUAGAACGAAAAAAAACUCUUUGUAGAGAGAUUCUGCUUCUAUAUGGCUUUCUCUUACGCAUCAUUCUCUACACCCUUCAAUGGUUUCGCUGCAAAUCCGUCUCCGAUUACUUCCGCUUUUCUCGGCCCAUCAUUGAGAUUCUCCACCAGAACAUCAAAAACUCGGAAUCCGAGUAAUGGGGUUUCAGUGAAAUCGUCAAAUAGUCAUAGGUUUCUAGUCAAAUCUAAAAAUUUCAGUGUCUAUGCAAGGGCUGCAGCAGAGAAGUCUGUUCACGAUUUCACUGUAAAGGACAUCGAUGGUAAUGAUGUUUCUCUGGACAAAUUCAAAGGAAAACCUUUGUUGAUCGUUAACGUUGCGUCAAGAUGUGGUUUGACAUCAUCAAAUUACUCAGAGCUUUCUCAACUGUACGAAAAAUACAAGAACCAAGGUGUGCUUGUUAUAGAUUUGAGAUUCUUGCUUUCCCUUGCAAUCAAUUUGGAGGUCAAGAACCCGGUUCAAACCCUGAGAUCAAGCAAUUUGCUUGCACCCGGUUCAAAGCAGAGUUCCCUAUAUUCGACAAGGUUGAUGUGAAUGGACCAAGCACAGCUCCAAUCUACAAGUUCUUGAAAUCCAAUGCUGGUGGUUUCCUUGGUGAUAUCAUCAAAUGGAACUUUGAGAAAUUCUUGGUUGAUAAAAAGGGCAAAGUUGUCGAGAGAUACCCUCCCACAACUUCUCCUUUCCAAAUCGAGAAGGACAUCCAGAAGUUGCUUGCGGCUUAAAUUUAGUGUUGGCAUAUGUGGUACACAAAUUUCCAGGUUAUUGUUGGUAUACCAGAAUUCUUUCUGUAACGUAAAUAAAAUUAUACAAUCGCAUGAUUUGUUCAAUAACCAUUCCAUAUAAACAUCAAGCAGUGCCUUUAGGCUUAUUCAUAAACAUCCAAUUAUUAGAAUAUUUACAACACACACAAACAUAUUCAAUUCGUGGAUAAAUUUAAAAUGAGAGUGCUUAAUUAUAAGACUAACGUUGGCGUCGAGAAGAAGAAGACUGUUUCCUUGACUGUGGGAGAAAUCUAUGGCGGAGAUAAAUCGGUCUAGAUACUUGUGAUGAUCUACGAGAUACUCGAGGAGGAGGAUCUCGUAUCUUUCGAGUCUUAAUAAGAGGUGUCCGUGGCUCUUCACAAACUUCUCCGAGAAGAAGAUCUUCGGGGUCGAGGAAAACUGAGUAUACGGGCCAGUCGAAGGAAUUUUCGAUCGGUUCAAAGACCGGCCAGACGAAGGAAUUAAAGGCAGUUGCGAGCUCCCGUCUCCUGUUAAGCAAAUCUUCGUCAAAAUCCAAUAUCAGGCGUCGAUAACUCACUGCUGUGUCGAUGGUCGAUGUCUCUAUGAGUUUGUAUUUCUCUAACCUGCAGGCAAGACUCUCGCUCGUCUCCUCCAUGUCUUCUUUCAGAUAUCAAUCUGCAAAAGUUCUUUGUAAGACUUUAUAUACACUAUUAAGGUCUUUAUUAUUGUUUUAAAGAAUAAAUUAUUGUAUUUUACCUUCAUAAUUGUCACCAUUAUCUCAAGAUUUAAAAAUUACAAAGACUCGUCAAUGAAAUUACUCGGAACAAGUUAAGCUAAUUUUUUUGUUAAAAUGUGUUGGCAAACCAAAA